AUUGUGCGAGAAUGUAAAAGACAUUUAUUCCACACUGGUAAUGAGAAAUUGAGUUAUGUUGAAAGGGAUCCCCUAAUGACCUCUCCAACGCGGGAUCCCUUGAUUUUGAAAGUGAAUCAUAGCUGGACAGUGAAGAAUUUCUCCCAUUGCUAUCAAGAAUACUUGGAGAACUUUGUCUACUUAUCGAGAGGCGAUGAAACGUUGACAUGGUCAAUCAAAAUCUAUCCUAAGGGGAAUGGCGAGAACAACAAGGACUUUGUGUUUUUAUGUCUGAAUCGUGUUGUGAACAGCAAUGCCAAAUCGACAAAAAUCGGCUUCAAGUCGAGGUUUAUGCUUAGGACUGCGGAAUUGAAAGAAAUUGAUAUGCGUAUUCAUCCGAAUCCAUCACAUUCGGAUUAUGUCUCAUAUAUAAAGAGAGACAUUCUGUUCCCACAAAUAUUGCCGAGAGAUUUGAUUAUUGUGAACGUUGAAAUCGAUGUCGCCGUGGAAACGAUCACGACAACGACUGAACCGAUAAUGCACUUUUUGCAGACAUCAAAUUGCGAGCAGCAAUUGGUGGAAGAUUACCAGCGACUGUUCCGUGACGAUCUGCUGACGGAUUUCACGAUUCGAGUUGGUGGAAGAGAAAUUCGGGCGCAUCGUGCUAUACUGGCAGCAAGAUCACCGGUGUUCCAAGCAAUGCUGAUGCACGAAUUGACAAACGAGACGAAAAGCGUAAUGUUGGAAAUCUCUGACUUGGAUUAUGACGUGGUAUAUGAAUUGGUCUACUAUAUAUACUGUGGACGUUGUCAAAAAGAAAUUGGCGACAUUGCAACUGAUUUACUCAUCGCUGCGGAUAAAUAUCGACUAGUGGAGUUGAAGAACCACUGUGAAAAGUUCCUCGUGGAGAAUCUGGCAAACGAGAAUGUUUGCCAAUUGUUGAUACUGGGCGAUUUAUACAAUGCGGAACGAUUACAAGAACGAGCAGUUCAGUUCAUUCUUCAACGUCCGAAAUAUAUUACAUCAACGCCAGGUUGGGAUGAUAUACUGAAGCAACAUCCACAUCUAGUCACCCGUAUUUUUUUCCAGGCUCCAACCACUGGAAGUGCGACCACGGAUCCGUUGGCAAUUCCGCCACCAUCUCUCUGA